AUGUCAGCUAUGAAUACUGAUAUAUCUCACCAAACAAACAAUCCUGACCAUCAGAAUCGUAAUAUACCAAAAGGAUAUUCGUCAGAGACCGCGGCCCACACCGAGCCCCAGUCAGAUGGAUCCAAUAGCGACACAGAUAGCGUCCAGUCCUCAACAGAUAACGCAACCGUAUUUGGAAAUGGAAAGAGUCUGCCCCUCGAACCUGAAUAUACACCAUUGCCAAAAAUGCAAAUGCUUAUUCUUACGAUUAUCCUAAUCAGUGAACCAAUGACUUCAGCCAUAUUGUUUCCUUUUAUCUAUUUCAUGAUCAAAGACUUUCAUUUGUCUGACGAUGAAAUGGUGAUUGGAAGUUAUGCAGGGUGGAUCACCUCAAUCUUUUUCAUUGGCCAGCUAUUCAGUGCAAUCCCCUGGGGAAGAUGCUCUGAUCAACAUGGAAGAAGACCUGUAUUACUUACCGGGCUUAUCGGAAACGCCGUGUCUACAUUUGCAUUUGGUCUGAGCAAAAAUCUCUGGUGGGCUAUUGCCUCUCGCGCUAUCUGUGGUAUAAUGAAUGGAAAUACUGCUGUGGCCAGAAGCAUGUUGGCAGAAAUCACAGACGAAACAAAUCGACCUUUUGCCUUUUCAAUCUUUGGUUUCUGCUGGGGCAUUGGUUUAAUUGUUGGUGGUUUUCUUUGUAAUCCAGUGGAGCAAUUCCCGAGUUUAUUUGGCGAUUCCGAAUUCUUCAAGUAUUAUCCUUAUCUUUUACCUUGCAUUGUUUCGGCAUUGUUUACCUUGUCAGGAUGGAUUAUUGGCUACUUUUACCUCAAGGAGUCAAACCCAUCUGUUCUGGCUAGAAAAUACAACGAUCAAAAGCUUAAGGACGAUCAAAAGACACCCAAUGUUGCUGACGAGCAAACGAAAUUGUUGGGAACAUCCAAACAAACAUUUUAUGACGGCGGAUCUCCAAUCAAAUCAAAUUCUUUAUCAAUCGCAUCAGAGGAAGAAAUGGUCACAGCAAAGGCUCAGGGCAGUUCUCUCUCACGUAUCACUCGACAGUCCUAUGCUGCCAUUGUUUGUUAUACACACAUUAGGCUAUGGGGAUUCCAAUGUAUGGCCUUUGAAGAGGUCAUUCCUCUCUUUUAUUCCACACCACUGUCCGCAGGCGGCCUUGGCAUGGAUCCUCAAGAAAUCGCAAAAAUAUUUGCAAUCUGUGGUAUCCAGCAGACAUUUUCCCAGUUUAUUGUCUACCCGAUGUUGAACAGGGCGUACUCGACCCUCACAUGCGCUCGGUUGGCAUUGAUAGUAUUCGUCCCAAUCUAUAUGAUCUUCCCUGAACUUUCACCCCUCAAAGUGUGGAUGUUUAGCCACACGGAGAACGAGAAUAUGUGGCAAUGGGCGUUUUAUAUAUCAUUUAUGGUAUUGUUGUUCAUUCGAUACACGGGGUCCACAACGUCUCACGUUAGCUAUAUGGUUUUGGUGAGCAACUCUGCAGAUCCCGAAAUCAUCGGCACGGUCAAUGGCGUGUGUCAAACGGCUCUUUCCUUGGUACGAGCAUUAGCACCUGCUUUGGGUGGUACUCUUUGGGCCAUAUCACUACGUCCUACCAAUGUGUUCCCAUUUGACCAACAUCUCGUUUAUUAUUUGCUUGCAUUGGUAUCAUUGAUUGGACUUUAUCAGACGUACAAUGUCGAUAACUCUAUAUCGAUUGGCGGCAAAAAGCCCUCUCUUCAGCACAUCUAG